AUGAACGUUCUUUGUCGUACCAAUUACUUUCAGCACGUGCUCUACGAUUCUGACUUGUUCGACGCUGACAUCACCAAUACGCAUUUGGAUUUGAUUUUGAUGCUAGCAGUUCAUGACUAUAAGAUUAUGGAUGAGGUUGUUGUUAUUGAAAGGCAGUUUUCGUUAUUGGUGGAACGUAUACUUUCAAUGACCCUCCUGUUUGAUCCAGAGGGGAGUAACUAUGUUGUGAUGAGUCACAUUUUCCAGUUCUUAAGAGUUAUAGCCUCUGCUAAGCUCCAUAGUGAUCCAUGUAGAUCUCUUGUGAAGCAGAUGGUGGUUACCCGCAACUUGCCCCUGCUGUCAGACGACUCAAUUACAUCCCAAUGGCUACAGAAAGUCGCCGAUAAUGUUAUUACGGGGUUAUUACUGUUUGAUACUGAAGAUUCCCAAGUUAGUUGUUUUCUAGCCGAAGUCGUCAAAUUCUUUGUGGUGCUUGACUGUCAGCUUCCCUUGAGACAAUAUAUACAUGACUUCAUAAUGGAGCACAAUAUCCUUGAAUCCUGUAAAGGGGUGAGUAGGGAUAAUGAUAGCGAAUUAUACAGUGCAACUGAGUCACUCAGAUACUCCCUUUAUUAUCCCAUUGAUAUUGACAGUGGGAAACAAAUACCUACAAAAGAAGAUACCUUUGAGAAAGUCCAAGUUGUGCUCUUUGACCUUUAUCCUUCCCAAGCUGCAGGGAUAAUAGAUAUACCGUCAAGGUACGAUACAGAUAGAGAGACUCUUUCCAGUCAAUUGAACUCUUUGUUGACCAAAGAAGAACUAUUAAAGCUAGUUGAAGCCUUGAAGUUGAAAAGCACAGUCACUACUUCAUGUUCAACAGUAAUACUAUCCAAUUACAUUGCCAAUUAUGCCUUACCACCCAAUUACGCCAUUACCCAGCAUAUCAAACAACUUUGGGAUCCGUUGUCUCUUUCCCCACAGAAGAAGUCGUUGUUCCCUACAGCACAGUAUAUGACACUAGAUGACUAUGUGAGUCGGGGGCUUGAGAAUGGUAUUGCAAUGAUUAUGAAUGGAAUUACCAGACAUUUGACUCAAGUAUUUGAUCGACUUGGAGCAGGUUUCAAAGGCAAGUCAAAGUAUUUUAUUCCUGUCAAACAGUGUAACGAAGGGUUUGAAACAGGCAAGUCAUCGACAUCAUCGUCAGCAUUAAUUGAAGGAUCAUGGGUUGUGAUAUUAGCUUGGGGGAAAGCCAAUAAGUUCUCUGAAUACUUGUGGACCUCUAGGUAUGGAGUAUUGAGCUUACAGUUGGCGCAAAUAUCAUCAGUCAAUAAGAAGAUAGUGUCUGUUGAUUACCAUAAUAAUUUUACAUUUCCAGAUGAUCAAUUCAAGCACCAACAAGGACUCAUUGUGUUGUCUUCCGCCCUUCAAACCAAGCUCCAAUUCUAUCUGCAAUUCGAACACGGUUUAACGGAACCAUUGCUGGUACCAGAUUACUUUCAUGAUACCUUCUUGGGCUAUGAAAGAGAGGUCCAAAAGAUACAGUACAAGAAUAUAGACUACAGGCUUGAUAAGGUUUAUCUUAUUGGAUGCUCAUUGCAACCAAAAAAGAAGAGAAAGGAUAACGAUGGUCAGGCACAAAGCAUUAACCAUUCUAUUGAGUAUAGCACUGAAGGAGGAGAAAGAAUUGUUAAAGAGAUCCAAAUUCCUGGGAUCACUACUACCAAUUCGUCCUCGUUCGACGAUGAGCUACUUGAGUCAUGUGUUAACCCUGGAGUUACUGUAAUUAAGUCUUCAAUUUCAUGGGAUAAUGUACCCCAACUAAUCAGUACAUUGCAUGUCAACUAUAGGGUUAAUUUCCCGGAGGAACGUCAAGUUAUUGUUGUACCCGAUGGAACACCAUUAUUGAUGUCCGAAGCCGAUGUUUAUCAGGAUGUUACAGGGUACUCUGAUUGGAUCCGAGGUCAAUUAAAGGAAAUCGUCGAUAAGCACAUGCAGAGUGUGGGUUGCUGUUUACCUGAACAUAUGACAUUUGACAAUGGCAUUGACCAAGUACUUGCAGCAUUCGAUGCAUAUGUGGAACCAAAAUGGGAAUCCUACAUGGCUGCUGCUUCUGCUGCAAAAGACCAUGCGUAUCCGUUUAAAAGUACAAUAACCAAUACGAAAGAAGCCAAGGCUCAUUAUUUGGGAUUAAAGGGGGCCUUCCAAGAGUUGACAAGGUUACGGAUGUAUGGAAAAUUAAAUGCACAGCAAUUAAACCGGUAUCUUAGAGAUUCCUAUUGUCGCAGUGUGGUAAUAGAAGAAAGCAAACUUGUGGAAUUGAAGCAUACUGAUUUUGAUAGUGUGAUAAUUUGGGGCUCACGACUGGAUUCCUUUCUUAUGAAUUAUCAAUUGAUAUUAACCAAUAAAUUACUCAAAAGAAUCAUUUUAAUUGACAAUGACGGUUCAACGGAUGAUGGGAUGUACCUGAGAUUGAUUUCCAUGGGAGUUAAGCCGUUUAUCAUUGGUGCUGGACAAGUGAAGGAGCCUCUUUCCGCUGGAGUCAUUCAAGAGAUAAUCCACCUGGAUGCCCUGUAUAACAUUAAAGAGGUACAAAUGUGUGCCGCAUUGUAUCGGUACAUGGCCGGAGACUAUGAUACGCUUGUGAUAAUCUGUUCUUCACCAAUCCAUGUUCAGUUGAUAGAGCAAAACUACCGUGACGUAAAGGUGCUUUUAUAUGGUGAUAACUUGAGCCAAUUUGAUUAUGUUAUAUGGAGUUCGUUCGGUGCUUACAUACCGAUAGAAUUGGCUACAAAGGAUGUUGCAGCCAAAGCUAAGAAGGGGUUUUACGUUGUUAGUACUUCAAAGGGUACGUACAACAACUUACCCAAAUUGGAAGUAUAUCCCGGAGCUAAAGGUGAGCCAGUUAAGACCAUGGACCAGUUUAUUGAAACCCAUUUGUGA